AUGCCAUACGAUGCCACACCUUUUGUCACCUCCCUUGGACCGCAGGCCUUGGCGCUGCCCAACCACCCCGACCGACACGGGCACAGCGUCCCGGUCCCGCCGGUCGCGCCGGUCGCGCCGUCGCCGAACUUCUGGUGGUGGCUGAGCGACGAAACGCGGAGUCGCCCCGAUGAAGCGCAGCUGCCCAAGGUGCCCCGAAGUCAUCUGUUGGAGGUGGCGCGCGUUCCGCUGCGUUUGGAGAAGGUCUUGGCCUUCGGCUUUUUGUUGUGCUUCGACAUCCUCCUCCAUGAGCUUAGCUUCAUGCCCCUCCAGGUGCUUUGUGCGCUCCUGCGCCAAGUCUUCCGGACCAACCGCGCGUCCCGACGUGCGGCACCGGCGGUGACGAUCACGGAGAAGUGUGAUUUGAUUCGUUUGAGUUUACUGCUUGCCAACGUGGCCUUGCAAUCGAUGUUCUUCAGUAACUCCUGGGUGUAUCACUACAUCCGUGGUGAAUCCUUUUUGAAGCUUUACGUCUUCUUCAACAUGUUGGAGCUCGCGGAGCGUUCGCUUCGCUCGGUGGGCGUCGAUCUCUUCGACCUCCUGGCGGCCCGAGCGACGGGGGCGUCGGGCGGAGCCGGUGCGGUGGAGCUGCUGCCACAGUACCUGCUGGUCUUGUCCUACUGCUUCAUCCAUUCGUCCAUGCACAUGCUCCGGGUGCUUCUGCUCACCGUGGCUAUCAAUACCUCUUCGAGCGCGGUCUUCCUCAUCAUCGUCACGAACAACUUCGCCGAGAUCAAGUCGACGGUCUUCAAGCGCUACGAGGUCAAGUCGCUGUUUCCGAUCAUCACCUCUGACAUGGUGGAACGAUUCUACUUGGCGCUGGACAUCCUCUUCGUCUUGCUGCGCCUGGCCACCUCGGACCGAAGAGGCUUGGCGUCUGCGGUGCAGAUCACCAGUUGGCUCCUGCUGCUGGUGGGUAUUGAGCUGGGUACAGACUGGGUGAAGUUCUGCUUGAUCAUGAAGUUCAGCGAGUUGCCAGUGUCGGUGCUCGAGAAUUACCAGCAGGUGCUCAUCGCCGACCUCUUGGUGUGUCGCAUGCCUCACACCGCACGAGACGCCAGACCGCCCAGCCUGCCCUGUAUGCCCUUCCGAGGCGUCCAAUCUUUCAGCCACGUGGUGGCGCGGCGAAUCGGCUUCAGCGGCUUGCCGCUCUCCACGCUGGUGCUGUCGCACCUGUUGCACGCGAACCUCGCCUGCCAGGGCCCAGGUGUCCUGCUGUACCUCUUGCUGGCACUGAUCCUCACACUGGCCAAGGUGCUUCUGUCAGUGCUCUUGCUGGGCUUGGCCGCACGCCGGCGGAACUCCAUCGCGCGGGGGCUGGAGCUCUUCGGGAAGAUCAAAGACCGCUUCGUCGCCGUCGCCGGGCUUGACGCCCGUUUCGCCGCAGGUGAGCCAGAGUGCGCAGCGGGCAGUGCGCAGGUCGCUGAAGAAGGGCAACGUCGCAGUGGCGGUGCCGAGUUGGAGAAGAUGGACAGAUCGAAGGAUGAGGGAGGACGGAUACAGAGUCCCGAAGCCGAGGGGGUGCGUGCGUGCUGCUGUGCCAUUGAGAGAAGCUACGAGAAGCACCUGCAUGAGGAAGAGGACAGACGGGUCGCUGAAGAACAAGAGAGGAAGAGGAUUGGCGAAAAGAAGAGCAGAGGCUGCGUCAGCUCUAGAGGAAGACAAAGAAGGGAGGUUGCAGAACAGAUGGAAGAGUGGCGCCUCAAGGCAGUAGAGGAGGAGGAGAAGAGAGCACAGAAUUAG